AUGAAUAAUAAACCAUCAGAAUUAUUCAAAUUAUUGAAUAAUGCCAAUUUUAUCAUUUGUGCAUCAAUGGCUCUAAUAGCCCCUUUUUUUCCUCCAUAUGCUUUUGAAUAAGGAUUAUCUAAAACAUUAGUGGGAAUUAUAAUUGCUUUACAUCCAUUAGGAGGGAUUUUCGGAUCAAUUAAAAUUGGAUAAGUGUUAAAUGAUUAAAAUAGAUAAAUUCUUUUAACAGGAUCAAUGAUGGUUUAGGCUAAAUGCUUAUUUCUUUUCAUUUUAACUUAUUUAAUAUAAUCAUAUUGGUUUAUUACUAUAGUAUCAUUAAUUUCAAGAAUUGUGAAUGGAAUAGUAUUUAAUUAUUUAUAUAUAUAGGCAUAUUCAGUUUUUAUAACAUCCUUUUAUUCUUACAUUCCAUAUUUAUAUCCAGAAGAACAUGAAUAAAAGGUAGCUUUGGCUGAAGCUGCUUCUGCAUUAGGAUAUAUGCUUGGACCAAUGAUUGGAUCUAUUUUAUAUGCAAUUGGAGGUUUUACUUUCCCAUUUAUAACAUUCAUCAUUUUAUCCAUUUUAUAUGGAUAUUACAUACAUUAUUGUGAAUUUUAGAACAAUAAAAAAGAAUGUGAAAUAGAAAUGAUAGAGAUUAAUUUUCAUUCAUAAUAUUCUUAACCUUAAUUAGAAUAACCAUUGAAUUAUUUCGAAGUUCUUACAUAAUAUGAUGUAUAUAUUAAUGCUUUAAUGUGUGUUAUGGUAACUACAUCAAUAACUAUCAAUUUUCCACUAAUGGCAUAAUAUAUGUAAGAUCAUUAUCAAAUUGAAGAAUCUACAGUUGGAUUUUAUAUGGGAUUGCAACCUAUGUGUUAUACAAUAGCUACAAUUUUAAUUACAAGAAUUCAAAAUCCAAAUAAACCAUUUUUUAUGAUAGGAUUUUAACUUUUAAAUGGAAUAGCAUUAUUUUUUUAUGGUCCUGAUCCUGCAUUUACUGGAAUUAAUAGAAAUUUACUUAUUUGUUGUAUCAGUUUAGCCAUAACUGGAAUAGCAUAAUCAUUUCCGUAUCAAUUAAAAUAUAUAAAAUAGUUUGAUAUAUAGUUUACCUUAAUUAAAUGAAUCUUUAAUUGAAUUAUAUCCAAAUUAAGUGAAAUAGUGUAAUAAUUUUGCAUCAGCAAUAUUCUCUGCUUCUAUUUCAUUGGGUGAAUUCUCAGGUCCAUUUAUUGGUGGAUUUUUAUCAAAUUUAUGUGAUCUUGAUAGAAUUGCCUCUAUUACAGGUUUGCUAGCACUUAUUUUAUGUGUCUCUUAUAUUCCAUUUCUAUAAAAGCAUAUGAAAAAAUGA